AUGAAGAAUUUUUCUCUUUCCCAAGUUAUCAAAACUACAGUGGCUGCCAAAGUUUCAUAUUCUACUAUAACACCUCACUCAAUUAUUAUCCAGGGUUACAGUUGUCUAGUAGCUGUUCACUUAUUCAAUGGUUUUUGUAAAGCUAUAAUGGCGGCAAAGCUUCAAACUGGACUAGAACCAUUACUUGAUUUCUUCAAUGGUUCAAGUACGCCAGCAUCAAUUUCUAAAUCAAAAUCAAGUAAAGCCAUCAAUAUGGCUUGUUUCCUCACAUGGUUUGACAAUGAUGCCUUUGUUAUUGGUGCAAAACUUCCAAGUCUUUCUUUUGACAAGAAGGACUCAUUAUGGCUUUCACAUCUUUUGUAUGCCUUUUUCUUAGUUCAGACGAAGGGCAAUAGUAAUUCAACUUGUCCAAAGUCCUUUUCAUGUGGGAAUAAUACUGACAUACGCUUUCCUUUCACUCUUUCCACACAACCUGAAUGUGGAAUAAUGCCCAUGUCCGGUUGUGAUGCUAAACCAUUUCCAAGAAUCCAACUGCUUCCUGGAGGAGAUUGGUACUAUGCUUUAGGCGAGGAGUAUAGUUCUACAGUUCAGCUCGGGGACCCCAAGCUUCAAACUAUAUUGAGGGAAAAUAAGUGCCAGGCUUUUAACAAAAAUAUCUCCCUUCCAAACUCUCCUUCUAUUUCUUUCAUACUCCUCAUAGUGAAUAUUCACAACUUCUUUAAAUGCAACAGCGCUAGCAGUAGCACCCCAAACAAUACCCAGAAGAAUGAUCAUUUUGCUGGUUAUAAAAUGUAUAAUGGUUGUAAAGGCUUUAGCAUAUACUACAAGCUUCCCGGGGAUGACGAUAAAGGCAAUCAAGCGGGCAAUCUUCCUGCCGGCUGUUCACUUAUCCAAUUGCCAAUUGACUCAAUAUCAGAUGGUGGUGAUGUGUUCAAAAUGUUAAGUACCUCUUUUGUAGUAGAAUGGAAACUGUCUGAGGACUGUUUCCAAUGUCACUAUAGCGGAGGUCAAUGCAAGACUGAUAAAACCAACAAAUUUCGGUGUACAAACCCAAAUAAUCCACAUGCUCAAGAUGCAAAAACAACCAGAAGAAAGUUCAGACUGAUUCUGGGAGCAGGUACAUGUUUGUUUACUGUUGGACUAUCGAUUCUACUCUUCUACUUCAGAGAAAAAAUAUUGGGGUACAAGUACCUCAAGUUUUGGGAAUCUAAUGCUGAGGAUCACAAAAAUAUUGAAGCAUUUUUUAAGAACUAUGGAUCAUAUGGUCCAAAAAGAUACAGCUAUUCAGAAGUCAAAAGAAUCACCAGUAACUUCAAAAACAAACUAGGUCAAGGAGGAUAUGGUUAUGUGUACAAAGGAACUCUACAUAAUGGAAGUCAUGUGGCUGUAAAGGUCCUAAAUCGACUAAAAGGCAAUGGUGAAGAGUUCAUUAACGAGGUGGCAAGUAUUAGCAGGACAUCACAUGUUAACGUCGUGAGCCUUGUGGGAUUGUGCUUUGAGGGACGCAAAAGAGCUCUCGUGUAUGAAUUCAUGCCUAAUGGAUCUCUUGAAAAGUUUAUCUAUAUGGAAAGAUCAGACAGAGUUCGCCAGUUGGAUUGGCCAAUAUUGUACAAAAUUGCACUAGGCAUUGCUCGAGGAUUGGAGUACUUGCAUCGUGGUUGUACCACUCGGAUUUUGCAUUUCGAUAUAAAGCCUCAUAAUAUACUGCUUGAUGAAGAUUUUUGUCCUAAGAUCUCCGACUUUGGUCUUGCCAAGCUGUGCGUGAAAAAGGAGAGCAUUGUGUCAAUGUUAGGUGCACGAGGGACUAUUGGUUAUAUUGCUCCAGAAAUUGUUUGCAGAAACUUGGGAGGUGUCUCUCACAAGUCUGACGUCUAUAGCUACGGAAUGAUGGUUCUAGAAAUGGUUGGAGGAAGAAAAAAUGUUGAUGUCGGAGUUGAACGCACAAGUGAAAUCUAUUUUCCACAUUGGCUCUAUCGACGAAUUGAGCUAGAUGAAGAGCUUCAAUUAAUCGGGAUAAUGAAUGAAGAGGAGAAAGAAUGUGCAAGAAAGAUGGUGAUGGUGAGCUUAUGGUGCAUACAGACUGAUCCCUCAAAUCGACCAUCCAUGAGCAAGGUUGUGGAAAUGUUAGAAGGAAACCAAAACUCUAUGCAAAUUCCUCCCAAGCCUUACCUAUAUUUUUCCUCAGGAUCAGAGGUAGAUUCAUCAGUAGUAGAACUAGCCUAGUCUUCAUUUGUGUAAUCUUUGUUGCACCCUAUUUUUAUCAAGGCUAAACAAAGUACAACUUAUGGAGCUCUGAAAUAGAUUAAUUAUGUACAGAGUCGCCACCUAGCAUUUAAGGUAUACUAGGGUACCUAUAAAUUAUUAAUAUAUGCAGCUUAACAUGGUCUACGAAAAUAAGUGAGAUUCUAGGUAAGAGUUCAAAUUAUUCUGAAGGGAAGGUGUUAGGCAUCCUUCAGAAUCCACAAAUGUGGUUCCCGGCUGGACCAAUUUAACUAUACGAGGGAUGUGUAAAAAAGGUUUGAUUAUUAUGUACAAAAAAAAUAUUAA